UAGCCUCGGUCAAGUUCCAGCUGCUUUAUAGAAAUUUUCAGAGACAGUUUAUGAAAAAAUAAAAUUGGCAUAAAUUACAAAAUUUUCCUAAUCUCGAUCCCAUGUAUUAUUUAAGCUCAGCAUUUUUAUAAUUUUAAACUAGAAAAUGAAUACUUUUUGGAUCUCUAACACAUCCCCAAAAUUUUCACCUAUAAGCCAGGUUAUGACCAACAGUGGCUUUGAUAUAGCCAUGACAACUCCAAGGAGCUGUCAGAGUAUUGAGUUGCAUGACUCAAGAAGAGAACUCCCACUCCCAAAUGCCACUGAAGAGCUGUUCAUUAACUCAAUGACUCAGGUGCCAGCUAUAGCUCCUUUCCAGGAGAUAUUGGGCUUCUCUGACGUAUCUUUGGCAGAACUUCAGGACAAAUUUUGCUUAUGAGAGCAAAAAGAUACCCAAUCAAGCCCUCAAAAUUUAGGAGAAAAUCCUACCAAUUCUUUCUUCCAACACAAAGAGAAGGAAGAUCUUGCUAGCCCUUCUUCCAUUGCACAGGAAGAGCCUAGUGUCUCUGAGAGCAGCUCUUCUGCAAUGAAGAGCAACCAGAAGAGUCCCAAGAGGACUUCUAGACGCUCCAGGCAUGAAGAAACUGAAAGAUCGAAAGCUAAGAAAAACUUGAUGUUCAAACUUGGCAACUUUAACGAAAGAGUCGAAGCUCUCUCCCAAGUUGUCCAAGCCAUCACCUCUAAUACUGUACUUGUCUCUGCUAAGAAGAAGGCUCAAUCCAGGAGAGGACCGAUUAGUAACAAAAGAUCCGAGUACAUUGGUGUCUCAAGAAACGGCCCACAUUGGCAAUCUUUGAUUACUAUUAAAAAGAGAAAAACUUAUAUCGGAAGCUAUAGGGAUGAAAGAGAUGCUGCUCUUGCAUUUGAUUUCUAUUCCCUCCUCCUCCACUCCCUGAGUGCAAAGACAAACUUUGAUUACACAAAGGAGGAUAUCUCCAUAAUGAUCUCUAAUUUUAAGGGCAAUGAUGGAAGAAUGAGACCUGACCAGCUACCUCCUCUUCAGCACUCAAAUCCCCAAUAACUAACUAAAUUUGAAUUCUUCAUAAUUUUAAUUU